UAAAAAAAAAAACCGUGUAGUUAGAUUCACUGAAAAUCCGACUCAUAAGAACGAUUCGCUUAUGAAUCGCACAUCGCUACUGUCAACAUGGCAGAUGAAGCCACCAGGAAGGCAGUUUCUGAAAUACCGCUUUUAAAAACAAACUCAGGACCAAGAGACAAAGAACUAUGGGUUCAGAGACUUCGAGAAGAAUAUUUAGCUCUUAUAAAGUAUGUUGAAAAUAACAAAGCAGCUGACAAUGAUUGGUUCCGUUUAGAGUCCAACAAAGAGGGCACAAGGUGGUUUGGAAAAUGCUGGUAUAUCCACGAGCUUCUAAAAUAUGAAUUUGACAUGGAAUUUGAUAUUCCAGUUACAUAUCCCGCCACAGCACCUGAAGUGGCCAUUCCUGAGUUAGAUGGGAAGACAGCGAAGAUGUACAGAGGUGGGAAGAUCUGCCUGACGGAUCACUUCAAGCCACUGUGGGCAAGAAAUGUGCCAAAGUUUGGUCUGGCUCAUCUAAUGGCUUUGGGACUUGGACCAUGGCUCGCAGUUGAAAUUCCAGACCUCAUUGCAAAAGGCAUAAUUCAACAUAAAGAGCAGCAAAACAGCUGAAAGUAGCAGUAGCAUCCUUUGCAUUUCACCAUGUCUUAACAAUGCAAACACAAAUGAGGUUUUAACAUGUUUUUUUCAAAAUCAUGGCUACCUUUCCCUGUGGUUUCAAAAUUUUGUUUGCAACCUCAUAGCAACUGUAUACUUCACGUUCACAUUUGUACAUCUGUUUUUUUUUUUUUGUUGUAGACUCAUACUUUUCAGGUUUAUAAUGCCUGUUCAAUGGAAUGUGUAUGUAUUCAUCCAUCAGUAAAGGCUGGUACAUAAA